AUGCCGGGGGUGUCUCGAACCAAGAACCCAAAGACUCCCAAAUGCAAAGAACGCACUUCUACAUCUCUGGCUCCGUCGCCAUGCGUCACAGAACCAGCAGAAUCCUCGCAGUCUGAGCUGUCGAGGUUCCUCGUGGCACCGCCGUCCACCUUGUCAUCUAAGGAUCAAUUCCUUCUCCAGCACUAUUUCUACACAGUUUCAGGGCUACUAUCCAGUACACAUGAUCGAUCAAUCAAUACAUACUGCCGGGUUGUCCUGCCCAUGGCGAUGUCUUGUGACAUGCUCUUGAACACCCUGUUGCUGGUAUCCAACUCUCAUCUAGCGUCUAGAUACGAGCAGUUUUCUUGGGACUUGCCGCACUAUCGAAGCCGCGUCCUACCGACUCUGAUAAGCCGAAUCAAUGCGUGGGAUGGAUUUCAGCCAACCAUGUUGGCCACCAUCAUCAUGUUGAGUAUAAACGAGAACUAUUCGCCUGACAAGGAAGUGCCUCAGAUAUUCGAAGCCAAUCCCAAGAACUGGUCGGAACAUCUGAAGGCGGCUGGAAGGAUCAUUUCGGACUACAUGGCUCAGUGCAAGGAGCCGGACCAUGACACGAGAAUGCUGCUUGACAUAUUUGCAUACCAUAACGUUCUGGCCAGUGUCGGGAUGAAUCAGGCUUCUCUUGUCAUGGGUUAUUACACCAAAGACACCUGGUCUGCUCUGACCGGUCACUCGAACGCCUUCCUCGCCUCGGUCGACCGACUUCUUUCCUUGGUAGCCAAACUUUCCAUGCUAUCCUCGCAGUCAACGGUCGGCGCUGGCACGCGCUAUAUCAAACCAUCUCAGUUUCCCGCAGCAAUGGGUCUCAAAGCCGAGCUAGAAAACUGGCGGCCACCGCAGGCGAUCCCCGACGACGCUUGCAACACUGCCGAAGCGAUGCGUCACGCGGGGUUGUUGUUCUUCUACAAGUUGACUUCCACCUCAUCUCCCGACGAUGAGCGAGACGGGAUUCUCAGAAGCUGUGGGGAAAUCGUCCGGCGCAUUGGCCACGUCUCUACCGAUAGUCCGGCUGCUGCCAGCCACCUCUGGCCGCUAUAUAUGGCUGGCUGUUUCUUGAAUAAGGGCGAGCCCGUCGACCAGACAGGCCAAACCUUCAUUCGAUCUCGGCUGUCGGCGCUGAAGUCUAAACGCGGGGUCAAGACGGUGGAUCGGGUUCGCGAACGACUCGAACAGAUCUGGAACUGUGGUGAUGGCGAAAUGGUGGAUGUCGACGCUCCCUUGAUCCUACUCUGA